AUGAAAUUUUACACAAGAGCGAAUACAUGUUUGCUUAACAGCUUGAUGAGUGCAGUGAAAAAUUUGAAACAUGGACGUUUGUGGCAAAAUUUGGUUGCUUAUAAGUUUAUUAUCCAGUCUGAAGAAAGUAUUGGAAUUACACUGUCUUUGGGCAUUAUAUUCUUUGAAGAAGGAAGUUUACCUUUGCAGGAGUAUAUUCAUCUUAGAGAAGAGCUAGCCAUUACUAAAGAACGGAUGGAUUCCUUUCAGAGUUAUUCUGAAGAUGCUAAAACCUUGCUGGCAACAAAUAAUGAGACGCACAGACAAAUAUUUACUAGCGUCGUUAAUUUCACGAAGUUUUUCUCUGUUAAUAAUUUCCCUGCAGCAUCGCAUGAAGCCGGGACCAAUUUUCAUAGAAACAUCUCGGAAUAUUUGAAUAUAUUUCGCAGUAUCGAACACGACAUUAAAAACAAACUAAUUAUUGGAAUUGAAGAGGAAAUACUUGACUCUGAACUUCACCUCUUCAUAUCCAUUUCUAUUUUUGUCCUGGCUUUGAUCAUUACGCCAAUACUAGUGUACCUGAUGCGUUCACUUACGACUUCCGUUCAACUAUAUGCCUCGCAAGCGAUGGAAAAAUCCAAUCAAUUGGACAGAGAAAAGAGUCGUUCGGAUGCUCUGCUGUAUCGAAUGUUACCUAAAAGUGUAGCUCUGCAAUUAAAGAUGAGUAAAACAGUAACAGCGGAACAUUUUGACAGCGUAACGAUAUUUUUCAGUGAUAUUGUGGGGUUCACUAUGAUUUCGGGUGAAAGCACACCAUUACAAGUGGUCACUUUUCUCAAUCAAUUAUAUCAAACUUUCGACGAAUGUAUAGAUGAAUAUGACGUAUAUAAAGUAGAAACUAUCGGUGAUGCCUACAUGGUUGUUAGUGGUUUACCCAAUAGAAAUCAGGUCGACCACGCCAGUGAAAUAGCCUUAAUGUCCAUAGACUUACGAGUGGCCAUCGAAGGCUUUCAGAUUCCACAUUUACCAAAACGACAACUUCAAAUAAGAAUUGGAAUGCACAGUGGUUCAACCGUUGCCGGAGUUGUGGGAAUAAAGAUGCCCAGAUAUUGUCUGUUUGGUGAUACUGUGAACGUCGCCUCAAGAAUGGAAUCCAGUAGUGAAGGUCAGUGUCUGAAAACUGAAAAGGGCAUCAAACGCACUUGA